CAACGAAUCAAACCAAAUUAAGCAAUCAGUCAAAUCACACAAUAUUUCUCCUCAAAAUUAUGCUUUAGAUACCCAACCAAGAAAAGGCAAGAACCAAAUCAUUUUUCCUAUUUAUAUAUAACCUUUUUUUUUUCUCAAUUAAAAAACCCAUAAAAGAUACUUCCAUUUGACUUUUAAAGCAGCAAAAAUAACACAAGCCAAAUUCCACACAAUUAAAAAGAAAAAAAAAAAGAGUGGGAUUUGUCACAAAACACCUUAUAACAUUGUAGAUAGAUAGAAUUCCACAAUAUAGUACGGUAGAGAGAGAAAAAGUAGAAAAUAGAAAAUAUGAAGAAAGAGAAGUUGAUAUUUAUAAUAAUAGUUGUUGUGGUUCUGGUGGCAUCAUGUGCAGGUUGUAAUAAGGAUCAACAGCAGCUAAAAUGGCGGAAGUGGGGCCCUUCUUGCAGCCCAUCAAAAUUCACUAAAUUUGGAUCUUCAAUUAUUUUCCCACUCUAUGGCAAUGUUUAUCCCAAUGGGUUUUAUUUUGUUCAAGUUUACUUGGGAUACCCUCCAAAACCCUACUUUCUUGAUCCUGAUACAGGCAGUGAUCUCACUUGGCUUCAAUGUGAUGCGCCGUGUGUUCGUUGUACCACGGGGUUUCACCCGUUAUACCGACCUAGCAACGACCUUGUUAUAUGCAAAGACCCUUUAUGCGCUUCUCUUCACUCGAGCGAUUACAAAUGUGAAAACACAGAGCAAUGCGAUUACGAAGUCGAGUAUGCAGAUGGAGGGUCGUCACUAGGAGUUCUAGUCAACGAUUUCUUUACUCUGAAUCUCACCACAGGUGUGCGUAUGAGUCCUCGUUUGACUCUCGGGUGUGGAUAUGAUCAAUUACCUGGACCGUCGGAUCAUCCGCUAGACGGAGUAUUUGGGCUUGGAAGAGGAAAAUCGAGCAUCGUCUCACAACUUCGUGAACAAGGGAUUGUGAAAAAUAUAGUUGGCCAUUGUUUAAGUGAGCAAGGAGGGUAUCUUUUCUUGGGAGAAGAUGCUUACGAUUCCUCACGCAUGACAUGGACCCCUAUGUCGCGUGACGACACAAAGCACUAUACAGCUGGUUCGGCGGAGCUUCGUUUUGGCGGGAAAAGUACGGGGUUUAAGAACCUCAAUGUGAUAUUCGACAGCGGGAGCUCUUACACGUACUUCAACUCUCAGAUUUACCACACUCUUAUUUCUCUCAUAAAGAAAGAAUUAAGUGGGAAGUCACUUAAAGAAGCAAGCGACGACCGCACGCUCCCGUUUUGCUGGAAAGGCAAGAAACCGUUUAAGACAACGCGCGAUGUAAGGAAAUACUUCAAGUCUUUAUCAUUGAGCUUUGUGAAUGGUUGGCGAACUAAAGCUCAGUUCGAUAUUCCGCCCGAAGGGUAUCUUAUAAUCUCGUCGAAGGGGAAUGCUUGCUUGGGGAUUUUAAACGGUACUGAUGUGGGAUUGAGCAAUUUCAACAUGAUUGGAGAUAUAUCAAUGCAGGAUAAAUUGUUGGUGUAUGAUAAUGAGAAGCAAGUAAUAGGUUGGACCCCUGCCAAUUGUGACCAGAUCCCCAAAUCCAGUUAUGCCAUGUAGCUUUAAUUCUUUGAUCCCCGUGUAUAUAAAAAUACGUCGGUUAUAUUUACCGUGAACGCUCCAGUUUUCUGGGUGUAAUUCGAUUGAUAAAACUCAACUCACAGAUCAAUACCGUUACAUUCUUGA